CACAGAGCGCCUGCAGACAGCCUGGCCUGUGGUGUGAGUCCUCCAUCUUCACCCGGGAUCCAUCCCCACACAGCGCCUGCAGCCAGCCCCUGCCCUCUGCCCGCUGCUUGCAGCUCCACAGGAAACCCCUGUCCACGAGGAUCUGCCGCUGCCCCGAUAAAAACCCCACUGUUUUAUCCGCCUGCAGCAGCUGGCGGGCAGGGAGGAGGCUGCCUGUGCACUGCUCCGGCACAGCCCGUGCCCAGGAGAGCCUGGAGGCCAGGGCUGUCUUGGCAGCAUGUGGCAGGGCUUUCCACCACCAGAAACCAACAGGUUUCCCUGGGAAAAGGCAGGAGUGAAAGGUGCACUGUGUGGCUCGCACCGUGACUGACACUGAGCCUGGGUCCCAGAAGGAAAACCAGAGCGUCCCAUCUUCCUUUUGCCAUUCAGCAUCACCAGUGGAGUGGAAUAUUCCGCUGGGCAGCAGAGAGAGCCUUCCCCGGCGGCGGGCUGGGGUCUGUCCCCUGUGCCCGUGUGUCUGCGGAGCCUUUCUCCCCCGGCGGGAGUCUUCCUCUCCCGGCGGGAUCUGCCGCUGCCAGCGCUUCUCGCAGAGCUGGAGCAGGAGCCGCCUUCCGAGGGGGUGCCGGAGCCUGGCAGCGCCGCAGGAUGGACCUCCCUCACCUCACGAGUCCUACCGACCUCCCCAAGCACAUCCUGGAUAUCUGGGUCAUCGUGUUGAUCAUCCUGGCCACCAUCGUCAUCAUGACAGCGCUGCUGCUGUGCCCGGCCACCGCCGUCAUCAUCUACCGAGUGCGGACGCACCCCACGCGCAACGGCAUCGUGUGAGCCCGGCACGGGGCACGGCCAGCUCGCUGUGCUGGGGCUGCAGCCAUGGCACCCUGUGCCACGCACCUUCACCAGGCACCCUGAGAGCUGCAGCCUGGGCAGGAGCUGGGGUGGGCCAGCACCCCGACCUGCUCCUCUGGCUGGGUACCCACUGCUCAUCUUGCCCACUGAGCCCACGGGGACUGAGGGGGAAAUGACAGCGUGGGCAGCAGUGGGGAGAGCCGUGACUUUGUGGACACGUCCAGCUGGAAAUAUCUCACUCCAUGAGAGAGGCAGGCUGGUCUCAUCUUCACUGGUGACUGUCUCCUCCCAGGCAAGCAGCAAGGAGUGGAAAUGCCUGACAAAGUUAUUUCUCCUUUGGAGUCACAGCUGUCAAGGUGGUUGGGGGAAAAAGAGUCAAAGCAAGAUGGAUGUGGCUUCUGACUGUGCAUUUAGUGCUUGGCUAAAAGCAUCAGUGACAGAGCUUGUGCUGGCUGCACAGCAGACGUGCAGCUGGCACCAGCUUCUCCUCUACCCAUUGUCUGCAGAAAUGGUAGGAAAAUCCUGCAGGACUCUUGGUUCCUCUGGGUCUUGUGGGGCAGAGGAGUGUGUGCAGUUCCUGCCAGCCCUCCUGUCUGCCUGCUGGCUGCACUCCCCACUCCUGAUAGUGAGAGCUCCCACUGUUUGCCCAGCACACCAGCCCUGCUGGGGAGCCUGUGCAUGCCUCACCUUGGCAGGUAAAGCGGGAGGAGCAGGUUUGUGCCCAGCCAGUGGCAAGGGAUCAUGCAAGCUCUUGUAUUGCCCUUUGUUAUGAAAUAAAUGGACUUUAUCCUUCA